GCGGAGCAUCGGAGUGUUAUGGCCGUCCUCCCUAUCAUGUGAUUGUCGUGUGUAUGUGUAUACCUGUCUGUGCGGACGACGCGGGCGAGGGAGCUGCUCUGCGCGUCGCGGUGGCGGGCGAAUGGGGGAAUCGAUCCCGCUGGGCGCGCCGGUGCCGGUGGAGCAGGCGGUGCUUGAGACCUUUUUCUCCCACUUGGGCAUCUUCUCCUACGACAAGGCCAAGGACAAUGUGGAGAAGGAGCGCGAGGCGAACAAGAGCGCCGGGGCCAGCUGGCUUUCGCUGUUGGCGGGGCUGGCCCACCUGGCCGCGGCCGAGAAGGCCUAUCACAGCAUGACCUUCCUGGGUCAGAAACUAGGUGGGCAGUCGUUCUUCAGUCGAAAAGACUCUAUACGAACUAUAUACACAUCUCUGCAUAACGAAUUGAAGAAGGUGGUGACAACAGGUCGGAAUGCAAUAGGUGGAACAGCUCCUCACUUAGAAGAACUGCUUUCUCAUCUGUCUGAACAGCUUUGCUUUUUUGUUCAGGCUCGAAUGGAAAUUGCUGAUUUCUAUGAAAAAAUGUAUAGCCUUAGUACUCAAAAGUUUAUCAUCUCAGAGGAACUGGUGAACAUCUUGGAAUCCAUCCUAAAAAAAUAUAGCUCCAGGUUUCAUCAUCCAAUCCUUAGUCCUCUGGAAAGCAGUUUCCAGUUAGAAGCGGAUGUACUUACCCAUCUUUUGAAGGCUCAGGCACAGAUCUCAGAGUGGAAGUUCCUCCCAUCCUUGGUCCAUUUGCACAAUGCUCACACAAAGCUGCAGACAUGGGGACAGAUUUUUGAGAAGCAACGAGAAACCAAGAAACACCUCUUUGGUGGCCAGUCUCAGAAGGCUGUACAACCUCCACACCUUUUCCUAUGGCUAAUGAAACUCAAAAAUAUCCUUCUUGCAAAAUUUAGCUUUUACUUUCAUGAGGCGCUUAGUCGGCAAACAACACCAUCUGAAAUGAAGACAUUGACUGCAAAAGCCACUCCUGAUUAUUUUGGGAAAAUUUCCAGUUUCAUCAGGAAAUACGAUGCCAUUAAUGUUUCCUUAAUCUUUGACAACCGUGGGUCAGAGAGUUUCCAGGGACAUGGUUAUCAUCAUCCCCAUUCCUACAGAGAAGCACCAAAGGGUGUUGAUCAGUAUCCUGCAGUGGUAUCUCUGCCCAAUGACAGGCCAGUUAUGCAUUGGCCCAAUGUCAUUAUGAUUAUGACUGACAGAGCUUCUGAUCUCAACAGUUUGGAAAAGGUGGUCCAUUUCUAUGAUGACAAAGUUCAAAGCACAUACUUUUUGACUCGUCCUGAACCUCAUUUUACCAUCAUAGUUAUUUUUGAAUCCAAGAAGUCUGAGAGAGACUCUCAUUUUAUCUCUUUUCUCAAUGAAAUUUCGUAUUCCCUUAAGAACUCAAAAGCUUUUGCAAGCCUGAAGCCUGGAUCCAAAGGAUAAAAGUAUUGGUUAUUAAAAUCAUAUCUUGGACUGCAAAGAAAACUAGUGUUAGGCUUCCCAAAAUAUCCAUUUGUGUAUGUUGGUCAUUUUUUAAUAAAAGAACUAUUUUAAUAUUAAGUAUUUAAUGUUCAAUGUUAAUAUUAAGCAUUUUGGAAUGAAUAGUUUGAAUUAUAUAAAAUUGAAGGCAACAAACUCAAAUGUACUGCACUAAAAUUAUCGAGAUGGUGUUUUGCUCAACUGCUGUAUUUUUUUUAAAUCAAUGACACUUUUUUGCCUUCACCUAAAUGGAAUAUAUGCACUUUA